AUGAAGGACACUAUAGUUCUUUAUCCUGCUCUAGGUAGUGGACACUUAAUGUCUAUGGUUGAAUUAGGCAAACUCAUAGUAACUCAUCACCCUUCAUUUUCCAUCACAAUUCUUAUUCUUACACCACCCAACAAAAACACCAACAACAAAGACAUCAGUCUUUCUCCCCAAGAACACUACAUAGCAUCAGUUUCAGCCACAUUUCCUUCCAUCAAUUUUCAUUAUAUUCCUCCAAUUUCACUCCCUACAAAACUUCUAACACAUUUUAUUACCUUUGAAAUCUCUCCAGAAAGCAAUCAUCAUGUUGACAACAUUCUUCAAUCCAUUUCCAAAACCACAAACCUCAAAGUUAUUAUAUUAUAUUUCUUCACCUAUAGUGCCUAUCAAAUAACCAGAAAACUUGAAAUCUCCACUUACUUUUACUACACUUUAGGUGCAAUUGCAUUAGCCAUUUUCCUCUAUUUUUCAACACUUCACCAAAAUGCUAAGAAACAUGAUUACCCAGAUGAAUUGGAUUCUGAGAGUGACGAAUUGAAGAUUUUGCUUGAAUAUGCAAAAACCAUGACAAAAAGUGUUGGAAUUACUGUUAACACUUUUGAUGCUAUUGAAGGAAAAACACUUGAAUCUUUAAAUAAUGGAUUGUUUGUUCCUAAUGGAACUACUCCUACAAUUUUCUCUAUUCGACCUCUGAUUACAUCUUCUUAUGGUGGAGAUGAAAAUGGGUGUCUGCGUUGGCUCGACUUGCAACCGAGUAAAAGUGUCGUGUUGUUAAAUUUUGGAAGCAUCGGGAUAUUUUCUAAGACUCAAUUGAAAGAGAUAGCACUUGGUUUGGAAAAAAGUGAGCAAAUACUCUUAUGGAUUGUUAGAAGUGAAUUGGACUCGAAAGAGCUCAAUUUAGAAGACUUGUUACCAUAA